AUGAUCUCCCCCGAGGUGAUGCAAGAAUUGCUGUCAGUGCUCCAAGUACUGCACUAUCUACCGGAGUCUACUCCAUCCGAAAAAGGGUGGACGGAGCACGAGAAACAUCUUUUCUGGGUUGCACUCGCCCAACACCCGCAAGGCCCCUGGACGACAAUCGCCGAAUAUAUCGGAACCAAGUCGGCUCGUCAAGUCAUGACCCACGGCCAGAAGCUGCGCCAGAAGCUCAAACGCUGGAAUGAGCGUCUACGAAACAACCCCACCACGAACAUGCUGAUGCACGGAGUAACCGUGUCUACAAGCGCCGGCCUAUCAGCUACUGCCCACGUUUCGGUCGAGGCCAUGGGACCAUCAACUGACACUCCGAUGAGUGGUGCAUCGCAGCCAUUCGGUGUGGAUGGGAAUGCAGAACUGAUGGUGGAUGACGUGAGCAUCGUUGGCACGGAUGAUCUCCGCUCCGGCGACUACAGCAUGGCGGGACCAAGCUGCAUGGUGGCGCCAGGAAUGGGCCUGCCAUCGCAGUAUUCAAGCAGCCUGCCUACGGAGCGACUCACCCGUCCGAACGUCUCUGAGGACACUACCCGUGUCGUACAGCUGAUGCUGUCAGAAACCUCUGAAGAAUUCAUAGUGACGGACUUCUCGGACGACCCAGAGAUACUACCUCAAGAUCUACUUGACGAUCUGCUCGAAAUCCUGUCAGAUGACGACCUGAACGAGUUAAGCCAACAUCAUUACCAACCGAACAUGCCCUGA